GUCGCACGUCACGGGCACUCCAUCCCGCUUGUGUCCCAAGUGCCCCAUGCAGUUGGGUGACUACCUCGGUGGCAGUGACGCAACCACAUUAACUUCACACGCUUACAAGAGUGCAUUGGGAGGAAGCUCUGCAAAGAACGCUGUUUCCACGUCGUCUAUGAGUACUUGGAAGCCUGAGCAAUGGUUGCGUCUGAGCAGGAGCAGAGCAGAGGCGUUGCAAAAGCGCUGUCGAAAAUGUACUGAAGACGAUGAGGAGUGUGCCAGUGCCUUUACCCUUAGCUGGCAAGCAAGCAUGUCCCCGGUGUGCUGUCCUAGUUAUGGAGUUGGCACGUCACAGAUUCGCAUUCCUCUCCCGUUGGUCCAAGUGGAAGGCCUUCCCAUCCUGCAGAACGUUCCCUCUCAGUUCGAGGACCUUAUUCCUCCUAAAGUUACAUGUAGUCUUCUUCGUCACGCCCAUCCUCAUCCUCGUGACCAGCAGAUCGAUUUCGUGGAGACUACCCACACCUACUUCGUCCACGGCGAGCGUGUUCCUGUGUCUGUGACUGGUUUGGUGCAUUCCUUUGCGCAGCCCUUUGAUGCUGACCAGGUUAUCGCGAAAAUGACGGCCGGUUUCAAUUGGCCACGGACGCAGUACAUGGUUACUGUGGACGGCCAAUCGAGGCCCAUGACUCCAAGCGAAAUCAAGGAAAGCUGGCGUAAGAAUGCAGCCGAAGCCGCAGGGCUAGGCACAUGGAUGCAUUUGCAAAUAGAAGUGCUACUGAACGGAGGUGGCGUGCCGGCGAUAACGACGGAACUGCAGCUGUUCUCGGAGUUCCUGCGUACUUCGCAGCAGCUGCUGGCGUUUCGCACGGAAUGGUGCAUAUUUGGAGAGGAAGAGAGAGUACACCGUGCCCGCCUGGUGGCCUCGCAACCACAGGGACCUCUUGCAGGCCAUGAACAACUGCAGGUGUUCGGCGGAGCCGUUGCGCGGACGGAGCUGCCGAUAGAGGUGCUGGAGUCUAUGCCCUGUCACUUUUUCAGUUGGGGUUAUCUUGCUGCUUUGGCUACCGUGUCAAGGUUUAUGCUUUCGAUCGUCCGGCGUUUUCGAGAUUGGAGCGGAAAGGAUGUGGCCAUAAACAAUUCCGAGUUUUGGCACAGACGUAGAGUAUUAUCUAUGUAUCGGUUCUGGGGGCAUGUUCGAAGCUUAGCAGUGGAUAUGCCGCAGCUAGCCAUGUUUAUGGACGUUCCACAGCAAGCAAGACUUGUCUGGUCUAUGGCAGCUAUUCCGCGACCCCCAACUUCUACAGGCUUUGCGUACGGGCUUGUGUCCACGCAGCCUCUCAUGGGUUUCGCUUGCUUCGAGAUAAGAAUCUCCCGCGAUAUCUCGCGGCUGAAGAUCGUUGUGCAGGACCUACAAGGAACUUCUACUUCGUUUUUUCGUGUAGAGAACCUUGGCACUCCGGAUGCCCAGUGGGUUCUGAGUCUGAACAACGCGCCGCCGCUGCCGAUUCCGGCAGCCGUCACUCACAUCUUCCGUCCGUAUGAGUCCAUUUGUUUCAAGCUAGAGUGGAGCGAGAGAAAGUUCCAGGUGGACAUGAAUGGCAACAAGGUGUUUGCUGCACGAUUGCGGGCACCUUUCCAAGUGUCGGCACCGCCGCUGUCCAAACUGUCUAUCUGGGGAUAUUCGUCCACGAGGCAGGUGGUGGACGAUGACUUUCAAAUCAACACAGCACCUUCUCCAGUUCUUCGCGAUGCUCAGAUUCGCUGUAUCGUAUGCCACGAAGUACAUAGUCUUCUGUUCCCACGUUGGAGCGUGUGUCCGUGCUGUCACAACUGGGCCUGUGCUCGUCAUGUGGGCGACGCGCCCUGGAACCCGUGUCCGGGUUGCGCUUGCUCCUUAGCAGACUAUAUGGGUGGCUCGCUCAUGGAAUGCCCAGCAUGGUCGGAGAUGGACCCACGUACUGGUGAGGAUGCCGACCAGUGCGACAUUGUGCAUGAUUUGGCGAGGUUGGAGUCUACGCGAACUAAGGCAAGAAGGAGUGAUCAGUUACAGGUUGAGGGCGGUUCACAGAUGCCAGGAGAUGGUUUCCCUGAGCUGGGUGAAAACCCCGAAGCUGAUGCAGAUGCUGCCUCCGCCUUAUGUGCUGCUUCCCUGGACCAGCAUGAUGACCAGUUCAGUCAAGAUUUGGAAAAUCACCUGAAAGAAGCUGAUGAGGCAGAGGAUUGCGAUUAUAACCAGAUCCUGGAGCAAGUUCGCAAAAGACGUAAGUUGGAAGGCGCGUCGACAACGAUGCAAAACUUUCAAGAGAAUUUUGAUCGUCUGCGAGAGUGUGCUGUUGAUGCUAUCACCAGUAUGGUUCCCCUGCAAGUACCAGAGGAGAUGAGCAUACCUCAGAAGGUUCAGCACCUCAGGAAGCAAGUUCUGGCUGUCUUCCCCAGCAUGGGUGAUGAUCUGCUGCGCGUUGCAGUGGGUGCUAUCGCAGUGUACCGCAUGCGGUUGUUUGACCUCCAUGUGCGUGAGCUCGUGCUGCUCCUGUGGAUCUUCGAGGGUGAAUCGCACAUGCGAUGUCACUCCGGCGACCUGUAUUUCUUCAACCACGGAGCAUUUACGUUACAUCGCGGUGUUCCACCGCAGGCUACACUGGCUCGUUGCAAGCGGUUUUGUCUUCGUCUCGAGGGUCUAUUCCGACUCGCCAGCCCUCCCAUGGAGAAAGAUGAAGAUGUGUUAAACAACAUACGGGAACUCUUGAGCACCCACAACGAUUCGGAGAAAGUUCUCCUGAACAUGUGUGAGGACGCAGCAAGCGGAUGCCAUGAACGUAGGUCAGGGCGAGGCAGAAUCGCCGAAGAAGUCGGCGAUGGAGCAGUCGAAGGCAUGGGUAGGAGUAGCCGUUGCCAGUACACAGCCGAUGCUUUGUCCAAGGCUGGGCUGUCAAUGCAGCAGAAACUGCUCGACGACAGGAUCUUCAACCUAGUAGUUGAAUGGUGCGACAGUCCGCAGAACAGAGCCUCUGGCGUUUCGUACGGGGACUCUGCUGUCUUGUACGACCUGCAGGAUCGGAUCGUAACCCCGGUGCAGGGACUGCCCGAGCAAAACAUUUAUUUGCAUAUUCCCCACAACAUAUGUCGAAGCUUGGACGAUCCCCUCAUGCAACAAGCCAGCGUGCGUCUGGAGAAGUUCUAUGCGGAAACCUUUUGGUUGAACAACGAUGCGGAUUACGCAAAUCAGCCCUUGACAGAAGACCUGCUGCGACAGGCUUGCGGUUUACCUGCCAAGCUUCGCUCCUCGUCCUGCAAUCCUCAGCUGCCGAUCCCAGUCGAUCCUGCGAGCCAAGAGAACCGAGACAUCAGGAAGCAACAGCUGCGGAAUGUUGCUGAUGCUGUCAAAGACCUUUGCCUUGCCAAAGUCAAAACCAGCAUCACCAAAGCCAUGUUCAAGUACUUGAAGCUUCCGUCGGAUCAUCCUUCUGAUAUGGAGAGGGAUGCUAUCUGGAAAGCUCUCUUUGACGAGAAGAUGCUCAUGCAAGAGAAGAUAGACGGCAACUGCAAAGAAAUGGGCUUUCCGACCGUUCAGGUUUCUAAAUCUGUUUAUGAAAAGUUUCCGUUGCAGGGCAAUCAGCCCGAGGUCUGCUACACGGAGAUUCAUGAUAUGGCUGCAUUGCACAGAUACGUGAGGUCUUGUCCCGAUAGGGAGUCGAACGUGGCGGUCAUGCUGCAACACAUCGAUGCAGCGAUCAGGGGCUUGAGAUCGGCUGGUCGUCAAGGCAAGCAGAGUUUACUGAAUCAAGAGAAAGUGGAGCGGCUCGAGAGGGCUCGCCGUAAGCUGUCUGAGAUGGAGCUGCUCUUGGCCAAGUGGGAAAAGACAGAUCCAGCGGGGUUGGCCUCAAGCCAGCAGCCCUCGCAAAGCACAACGCCAACGAGGCGGGUACGUGGCAAGCACAGCACCGACGACGUAGCCGACGAACCCGCUGAACCCCGGCAGAGGCGUGUGACUUACCAUCGCAACUUUCAGGGCCUGCUUCGGACGAGGGCGUAUGCGAAGGGUCUGGGCGUGCAAGCAUGUCCACGUCGAUUGCAGCGAGUACUCUGUCCCGAUACACAUGACCUCGACAUCCAGAACGCCGUUUUCGUUGUACUACACCAGUUGAUCAAGAAGCUUGGCGAUUCAACUGAUGUCCCACAGUUUGUGUUAGAAACCAUACAGAAAUGCGCAGAGCAUCGAAACCAGAUAUGCGAGGAGGACAUGAAAACAAGCAUCAAAGAAGGCAAGCAUGUGCUGCACGAAAUUCUAUUUGGUGCAGCUGUUCCUGCUAGUUAUGCUCAAGUUGGUUUCUUGUCGCAGCUGCAGAAAACAUCCGUCUACUUGAGAUGGCUGGCUUGCUCGCUGCUGCCAGAUGUCUUCGAAUGCGUCCAGGCCAUGGCAGAUAAGAAGAACCCUAUGGCAUCAACUCUUUUCUAUCUGUAUGCCGCGACAGAAGAUUACAUCCUGCGCUCCUGGGAAGAAUUUUUGGAUGCGCAGGCGCUGAGCCACGUCUCUCUGCAUUUCGAUGGUGUCAGGCUGGGCGGCAUCGCCGAGGCAGAUGUGGAGCGUCUGUGCGACGACUCGGCUACCGCUAUCAAAGGGAAAACAGGGUUCGAAGUCAAAAUCGUUCGUAAGCAGCACCUCUACUUUCGAGAAUGGUGUCGAACACCAAGCGAGCGAAGUGAGGUCGCGGUCGAGGAGUCGCUUCUGACGCAAGGCAAUUGCAUUCCACUAGCGCUGGCCAGGCUUUUUCCGGAUAGGAAGCCAGACAUAUUAUCAGAGAUCUGCAAGACGAGCCACCAGAAUUGCGAAGCCGCGAAGGUCGGCUCUCGGUCAUAUCGCUCAGUUUGCGAUAGCUCGAACCUUCAAGCUGUUCCCUGUCUUGGUUUGGAUAUCACAAAACCUGGUCAGUAUCUUCUGCACUGUGAGCAUGAUGGCAAACCGCAUUGUUUGUCCUGCACUUGCAACGAAAACAACCUUAUCGAGAUCGGCGACGGGAAGUAUGUCACCAGGAUGAUGCUGUCCGAACUGCGCAAAUUUGCAUCGGAAGCCAUAGAUACACACUCCAUUGUGACCUUUAGGCUUUUCGCGCAGGAGGGCGAUCGAGUCCAAUUGAUAAAGUCGCUGCAGGUUCUGCAGGGCUUACAUGCGGGAGCCAAUGUAGCAGAUCCUGAAUGGAUGAUGGCUUUGUCACAUGAAUGCGAAUAUGCCGGUGAAGAGUGUUCGGAAGACGAGUGCGACGUCCAAUCCGAAGAUGACAACGAGGAAAGAGUCGUCAAAGUGGGAGAUUCGCUGUUGGCUUCCCUAGCAAGCGAAGUGAACACUUUCGAGCAAAGUAAAUCCAGCAGAUGCCCUUUCAGAUCUUUUCAGUACCCUGCACGUGUUGCGAAGCAUGUGCAGCGGUAUCACACGGCGUCGAAGCAAUACACUUGCAGUGGAACCAAGCAGCUCAAGAUCAUAUGUGCGCUUUUCGACAAUGAUCAGAUUGCCCGUCGUCGCAAGGGAAAUUAUCUAUCCAGAAGCGCAGGUUUGCUGAGGUCAUCGGUUCAGCCCCCCCUCUCGGAGAAGCUAAACGAAAUUGACCGCAGCAUCCGCUUGGUGCUGACAGGAAAGGGGCCGGAGUUCUGGAAUGCAGCUGCUGUGGACGCUUCACUCUCUCUUCGUAGAGUGAGGAAUCUAUACUACACGGUCGAGUUCUCUGACUUGGUCUACAGGGAAAUGCUGCUGAACAAUGCCAAAUGCAAAGCGAUUCCGCGUAUUGCACAGGCUGUAUUAUCUCGGGGCUCGCGCCUGGUCUCCCUGCUUCCCACGGAUGUCCGACACUGGUGGCCACUAGUUGAAGAUGUGUUCAACGCAUGCCGAGUGAAAGAGAUUCAUUGCGAAGUGUUGGAGUACUAUUGUCGCUCCAAGGAGUUCCGAUACAUUUCCCUGGACGCGACAAUCAAAUGUUGCAUGGGGGUCUUGGGACAGGAGUCUUAUCGCUGUUCGAAGGCGAAGAGAAACGAAGCUCCAUUUGAUGACGACACCGCGCUGCGCAGAGUGCUCACUGCACGAGGAUCCACUGGAGCUGUGCUGGCUAUGAUUGCAGUCCCGUCAGAGAAGGCAGAGGCCGUGUGUGAUGCUUUGUUGCAGAACCUUCCUGCCGAAGGCCUUGAUCAGGUUGAGUGUGUAGCGUCGGACAACGCAUCGACAAAGCUGUACACCCAAUUGCGGCGCAUCAUGCCCAAAUUGCAGUGUCUGUGUCUGGAUCCGAUCCAUUUGCCGAUAGUGUAUGAGUAUGCCACCUGGCGUAAAAAGACGGCAGGUGCCUUGUGCCUUCGAAAACUGAUGCACAAGUUCAUCGCCGUCGACAGCGGGAUCUCGUCAGACCACUGGGGCAUUUUCUACAAAGGUUACGACGAUCGCGCCCUGAGCGUCCCCGAGCAAACGCGGCGAACCUACAUCACAAGCGGGGCCAUGCCAAAAGCCAGGGCAUGUAUCCGGAAGCUGGAUGGCUCGGUCCCUUUCCGUUCAAGAUUGGAGUUUAUCGAAGGCUUAGCCGCUAUCGCAGCAGAGUUCCCAGAGGACAUGCGGCGGAAAGUGACUGGUGCUAACAAAGCAAUCGACCAGAUCCUGUGGUGCGCGGCCGCAGCAGAUCGAGCUGAAUGGCUUCUAAACAACUUGCGAUGGCGACAUCGUCUCGGUCUACGUGAUCUGACACUUCUUCCGUGUGGCACGACGUCCAACGAAGCCCUUCACGCUGAGAUCAAGGGCUGCUUUGCUCAGACACAGCAGAUUCAUCAAAGCACUCUCAAGUUAAAACUAGAGAUCCUCACUUUGGCCAAAAUGCUGCCACAUUAUGCAGCUGCGAAAUAUCCUACUUUGAGCCAGGCGACAAGUCGCCACAUCAGGUGCGCCUCUGCACUCCAUCCUUUUGGACACCACAGUCUUGGCUUCAGCGGUGCGAUGACAGCCAGCGUGUUGGUCGGAUUGAAAAAGCCAAGCUGCCUUUGGCCGAAAGCCGACAACCGGAACGAGUAA